AUGAUGGAGGUAAUGGACAGUAUGCUGCCUCGCACGGCAAAUACCCGCAAUGUGCGUGAUAUGAGACAGUCGCGGAGGGCUCUAGAGCUGCGAAAGUUCUUUGCGCCUGCCCAGUUCAAAGAUCCUGAGGCUUUAGGUGGCUUUAAUGCUUCUAUCAAUAACGAUGGAGCGCUGGACGCUUACGUCGAAACGGUGUUGUGGAGACUCAGAGGGACUCAUGCCAUGGUCAGGAAACUCAUGACCGUAGAAACGCAAUAUUUCAUUACUGGCGCCACGCGACAAGCUGGCGUCGAUGAUGACUUGAUUGUCAAAAAAGAUGAUUGGUUUGGUUGCUCCAAUGUCAACACACCCGGUGGUUUAUGUGAGAAUACACUUACUCUCAAAAAUACCACCUCAAACUAUCCAUGUUUUAUCAUACAGGACUUAUCAAAAGACAAAAGAUUCGCUAGUUUGCCUGUUGUCGAUGGUUCUGUUGCGUCUUAUCGAUUCUAUGCUGGUACGCCCAUCACCACGAACCAAGGGGUCAAUAUCGGAACGCUAUUCCUAUUCGAUGAACGACCUCGUUCAGGCCUAGCCGAACAUCAGCGCAAAUUUCUUAGUAACCAAGCAACCAAUAUCAUGAGGCAUCUGGAGUCAAAACGGGAGGCCGCAGAGCGUCGACGUGUAGCAUUGAUGAGUAAGGGCAUUGCUUCUUUCUUAGAAAGAACUAUGCGACGAAAGGGUGAUGUCUCCAGUUCUAGUGAUGGAUCGGUUGCAGAAGCAGGGACGUAUGAUGUGGUCGAUGAUGAUGCCGAUGGAAUUGCGGCACAAGCACAUGAGGCGGUAAAUGUGGCUAACGACUCGAUAUCAAACGCCAAAAGUUCGGUAUUGGAUCAAAUUAGGAAGACUCUUGACGAUGCUGCUGAUAUCUUGCGCGAAUCUCUUGAACUCGUAGUUGGUGGUGUAGUAUUCCUUGACCCCACUAUCGGCUAUUCCGAGACGGGACACAACGAGGCAUACCUCGACGCAUCUACUGACCUUGGGCAAUACGUAGAAGGCCAGGAAGCGGCCGAAACAGAACAAAAUAAUUCAACUGAGGACAUACCGCCAUCUGAACUAACAUCGGCUUUUGACGAUCUUUAUCUCGCAUCGUCAACAGUCAGGAGCUCAGUAGACAAGCACAAACCAGCAAAAGUUCAAGCUAUGUCGGCAGCCCAGGUCGCCACCUGGGAUCCCGAAUCAAAGGUUCUAGAUGGCAAAACUUUACAGACCUUAAUUAAUUCAUAUCCAAACGGUAACGUCUGGUAUAUGGACGAUGAGGGAUACUUUUCUUCUCUUGAGCAAAUGCAAGUCCUGAAGCGGAACUACAGCAGUCUUAACAGAUCUGUUUCGCCGACUAUACUGACAAAACAAAGAGCGGAAGCUAUCAUGCUUUCGAAAAUCUUUCACGAUGCCAAGCAAAUAAUAUUCUUACCUUUAUGGGAUGCUGGUGGAGAUCGUUGGUAUUCCGGGGUAUUUGUGUGGAGUCAAUCGGCCGUUCCAGUCUUUACUGUUGACUCUGAGAUUGCCUAUUUAUCCGCCUUCACGAAUUCCGUCAUGGUUGAAAUAAGCCGGCUUGAUGCUAUAACCGCGAAUAAGAUGAAAUCAGACUUUAUUAGUAGCAUAUCGCACGAGUUUCGGAGUCCUUUGCAUGCGAUUCUUGCUAGUGCCGAAUUUUUAAGGGAUUCGAAGCUGGAUGUUACACAAUUGGAGUUCGUGUCCACGAUCCAAAACUGUGGCGGCACCUUACUUGACACUAUGAAUCAUGUCCUGGACUACAGCAAGAUCAACUCAUUCAAUUCAAUCGAAAAAUCCGGAAAUAGCAAGGAGUCUACUGGAAUCUCCAAUGAGCUUUUCCAAGUUGCUAAUCUUGCUCUCUUGUGUGAAGACCUGAUUAAUGGAAUGAUCGCUGGGAGCGAGUACAGUGAGCUAGCGAACGGGCAUAGGGAUCCCGCACUGAAUCAGUACUCGGAAAUUCGAAGUCGACUCGCUAUUGUUUUGGACGUCGAAACUCGUAACUGGGACUUCACCAUUCAAGCCGGAGCUCUUCGAAGAAUAGUGAUGAAUAUUUUUGGGAAUGCGCAGAAGUAUACUGAUAAGGGAUUUAUUCAAGUAAAAUUGAGGGUUCAGGACUCUUCAAGCUACGAGGGGAAGGAGUCUACACCUUCUGGGAAGUUCUUGCGACUGAACAUUCGUGAUUCGGGACGAGGAAUGUCAUCCGAAUAUAUGGAGAGGAAAUUAUAUCAUCCGUUUGCUCAGGAGGACAGCUUUGCCACAGGUGUUGGGCUGGGACUUUCAAUCGUCUGGAGCAUCGUAAAUCAGCUUGGGGGCAAAAUCCAUGUGCGGAGCGAACUCGGAAAAGGAACAGAUGUGGAAGUGACAUUGCCACUUGAAAAGGCAGAAGAGCCAGAAGGUCUCUCAAUUGACGCUCCCGACUCGGUUUUUGCGUCUGUAGAUGGAAGCAAAGUACUCUCAACAUUGCGUGAACGAGCGGCGGGCAAAUCAAUAAGCAUACUUCAAAAUACCAAACCUGGAGCGGCACACAAAGACGUGUUUUGGGAGUGCAUUGUUCGGUAUUGCAAAGAAUGGUAUGGAUUUGAGAUCAAGCCUAGCGGUGGAGAUAUCAUCGUGACCGAUGAGCUAGACAUGGAAAAGCAUAACAAGGACAGCAAGAUUGUCAUGGUUCAUAAAGGGAUGAUCUGCCCAAUCAAAAGAGAUCCUGCACAAUCUUUUGUCAUAGACAUUUGCUGCCCAGUAGGCCCAUUCAAGCUCGCGAAGAUCAUACUGGAGCUUCUAGAUCGUCAACAUGAUGCCGGAUCUUUUAGUCAUCGGGCUGAUGCUGGCACGCAAACACCGGCAGGUUCACCCGAAGAGCGCAAGAUUUUGGAUGGGAUUAUUCUCACGGAUUAUGGAUUCCCUUUGCAAUCGUUGCGGGAGGUGUUAGCCCGCGACUCCGAAUCAAGUUCGAAUGUGAGUACACCACCGACGGCAACUUCUACGAACCCUGCUCCGGCCGAAGAUGAGACUGUUAAUACUCCUGGUACGUGGGCUCUCCGAUUACCAGAAGCUGUCCGGAGUAAAUCGCUGUCUCCUCGACGGAUAAAGGAUCCUACAGCAAGUCCCGACAUUCCACCUCGCGAUUCUUCACUUCAAUCGUUCAUCAACAACCCGCCGAACCAAGUAAAACCAUCUUCUCCUCCCAGAUCGUCAUCUCCUCAACCACCACCACGCGAACCUCUACUUCAACCUUCCAUAGCAACGCCACAAACUCAACCGCAAUCCGCCCCUCUUCCAGAACCCUCAUCCACCCCAACAUCACCCCCAACAAGCCUCCAAAUCCUCGCCGUCGACGACAACGCCGUAAACCUACAACUCCUAAAACGCUUCCUCCAAAAGCGCACGGCCGACACCAUCCUCACAGCCCGCGACGGCUUCGAAGCCGUCAACGCCUACAAAACCGCUCUUACCAACCCUAACCCCGCGCUCAAAACCUUCGACGUGGUAUUCAUGGACAUCAGCAUGCCCGGCAUGGACGGCUUCGAAGCCACGCGCGUUAUUCGGAAGUUGGAGGCGGAACGCGAGAAGAGUGAGCAGGAGAAGGUGCGACGCGCGUACGUGGUUGCGCUUACGGGAUUGGCGAGUCGACGGGAUAGGGAUGAGGCGGUGGAGAGCGGUUUGGAUGAUUUUUUGACGAAGCCGGUUAGUUUUAAGAGGAUUGGGGAACUUUUGGGACGGUUGGAACGGGAGAAGAUUGUUAGAUGUGCGGGAGUUGGAAGUUAG